AUGGCUUCUCCUUUCCGUCUCAUGCGUCCCAUCGCCCAGGCCGCCCGCUCUGGUGCUGUUUCUGUUGCUGCUCGCCCUUUCCACAGCUCGGCCGCGAGAUUGGCUGUGCAGGAUAUUAAGACAACCAAGGAGUUCAAGGAUCUUGUUUCUACAACAGACAAGGCUGUCCUCGUCGACUGCUUCGCUACCUGGUGCGGUCCCUGCAAGGCCAUCUCUCCCAUCCUCAACAAACUCUCUGAGCAGGACGCUCUUUCAGAGAGCAUCCAUUUUGUCAAGUUUGACGUGGAUGAGCUGCCAGACCUGACCGCCGACCUUGGAGUUCGUGCCAUGCCGACUUUCUUUGUGUUUAAGAACGGCGACAAGGUUGACCAGCUUGUCGGUGCUGACCCUCAGGCACUUCAGACUAUGCUGGCAAAGCAUGCUGCAUGA